AUGACCAUCUCAGUAAAAUAUAUCUUCACCGACCCAGCUGCAGCGCUGCAGGCGCGCACGGAGGCGUUUCUAGGGUUCCCUGUGCCGGCAUUUUCUUGUCUCCUUUUGCUGCUAGGGUUUUAUCUGGUGCUGGCAGCACUUGCUCUCCGCGUGCAGGAAAACCGUUGCAGCAUUCCUUUGAAGGCUAUAGCAGGGGCUGCCGGAUCAGCAGCAGCAGCAGCAGAGCCAGCAGCAGCAGCAGCAGCAGUAGAAGCAGAAGCAGCAGCAGCAGCAGCAGCAGGCUGCAGCUUUCCUACCUUAACUACAAGCGAACUAGAGACAAAGAUUACUGUCGUUGACGCCCCAGGGCACCCCCGCUUGAGAGCUGCAGCAUUUGCUGCUGCUGCUGCUGCAUCUCAUAUCUUAUUCUUUGUUGAUGCUGCUGAUAAACCCUCUAUUAAAGUAGCAGCAGAGUUUCUGUUUGAGUUGUUCUGCAACCCCACUAUUCAGGAGGCGCGGCCCCCUUUGUUGUUAGUAGUAAAUAAAACAGACAAACCCGAGGCUAGAGGGCAGCAGGCGGUUAUUGAGGACCUGGAAAGGGAGAUCGAGCGCUGCCGCGUCUGUCGCCAGGCUUCACAAGACCCCGAAGAUUCUGCUGUCUCCUUUGUAGGCGUAGAGGGGCAGAGGUUUGUCUUACAAGAUUCUCCUUGUCCCCUGGUGUGCUAA